AUGGCUGCUCCGAGUUACCCUCCAAUGGCUAACCCCGUGGCCUUAAUAAACCCACAAUUCUGUGCUCCUUACCCUGUGGAUCUGAUCAUUGUGAGGAAGCUCUUGACUUUAUCGGAAGGAAAUUUCACCGUCACCGAUGUUAACGGAAACGUCAUGUUCAAAAUGAAAGGCAAACUCUUUAGUCUUCGUGACCGCCGUGUCUUGCUUGAUGCUGCUGAUAACCCCAUCGUCUCCUUCCAACAGAAGAUAUGGACUGCACAUAGGAGAUGGCAAGUUCUCAGGGGAGAUAGCUCAGACUCAAAAGAUCUGCUUUUCAGUGUUAAGAAAUCUUCACUGAUACAGUUUAAGACCAAGUUAGAUGUGUUCUUAGCCUCUAACACAAAAGAAGAUGUUUGUGACUUCAAAAUUGAAGGUAGCUGGUUCGAGAGAUCAUGUGCUAUAUAUGCUGGAGAUUCUUCUACUAUAAUUGCUCAGAUGCACAGGAAGCACACAGCUAGUAGUAUUCUGCUGGGCAAAGAUACAUUUUCUGUGACUGUAUAUCCACACAUUGAUUAUGCCUUCAUAGCUGCUCUGGUGGUGAUUCUGGAGGAAAUCAAUGAGGACAGAGAUGGAAGUGACUGA